AUGUCCGUAUCUACAACAUAUAACACAACGACGAAGCGCCGGAACUCGGUUCAUAAGAACUUAUAUGAUCAAUCAUUAUUUCAAAUUCCUGCCACUCAGAAGAGACCAGAUUAUGAAAUUAGGCAUUAUGGCCUGGAUUCUAGAAAUAGUGCUUUGCAAAAGAUUCAAGAAAACUGUAUCGCAGCGAAAGAGGUAUUACUUGGUUAUAUGUCUAAGGAUAUCCAAGAUCAUCUGCCUGAUGUUGAUUUCAAGAUGAGUUUAUUGUGCCUUAUGUGGUACGUGGUAUCAUCUAUCUCGAGUAAUAUGUCCAAAUCAAUUCUACGAAAGUUCAUGCAUCCUGUUGCAUUAACUGAAUUACAAUUUCUGAUAAGUGCCAUAUUAUGUCUAUUCUUUGCUAGUAUUGUGAAUUUUUAUCAAAAGCCGAUGUUGAAGAAGAAUUCUAUAGGUCAGAUGUUCUCUAAUUUCCCCGAUGGUAUUCUUCCGACUUAUUUAAAUGGUGACUUUCAGACAUCCAUCAUUGAUACAUUUUUAAAGCCUACUCAAUUCAUCCUAGCGACGGUGUUUCCGCUUGGGUUAUUUCAGUUCAUUGGUCAUAUCACGUCCCAUAAGGCAGCCACUUUGAUCCCUAUUUCAUUGGUUCACUCGGUGAAGGCGUUAUCUCCCAUUGUCACCGUGGGUUAUUAUGCUCUAAUUCAAAAGAAAAAGUACAACAUAUAUACCUAUUCCACAUUAUCAUUUUUAAUUUUUGGUGUUAUGAUAACUUGUUGGAGCACUCAUCGAAAUUCAAGAAAGAGCAAUAAUGAACGCAAUGGGUUAUCCAUGUUGUUUGGAUUAUUAUCAGCGUUUAUCUCUAUGUUAAUAUUUGUCACUCAAAAUAUUUUUGCUAAGGAAAUGUUCGCAGUAAAACAUAUUGACCAUAAUAGUAUCCUGACCCCGACAACAGCUUCCAGGGAGAAAAGAUUAGAUAAGAUAACCAUAUUAUUUUAUUGUUCGUGUGUGGGAUUUCUGUUUACCUUAUUCCCAUUCCUCACUGGGGAGCUAAUUAAGGACAAGAGUGGAUUUCAAGAUCUAUCAUUACAUAUCCUUGGAUUGGUGGUUAUCCAUGGCAUAAUGCAUUUUUUUCAAGCCAUGAUAGCUUUCCAAUUGCUUGGUAUGUUGACAUCGGUUAAUUACUCCAUUGCUAAUAUCAUGAAGCGUAUUGUUGUUAUUUCAGUUGCCCUGUGUUGGGAAUCGCAUGUCAAUGCCGGUCAAAUAAUUGGGUUACUUUUCACCCUUGUUGGAUUAUACGGGUAUGACAAGUUUGCGAUGACAAAGCCCAAAAAGAACAAGACGAUGAUGGUCUAG